CAAUAGUCGACUCACACUCAUCGAUGGGAGUAAGAGAGUUAGAAAACCGUUUCGUCACCACCCUGAGAAACUGUCCGAAGAUUGCAGAACUGAAGAAGAUUCACGCACACAUCGUGAAGCUGUCACUGUCGCAGAGCAACUUCCUGGUCACCAAAAUGUUGGAUCUAUGCGAUAACUUGAGUCACGUGGAUUAUGCGACCAUGAUAUUCCAACAACUAGAAAACCCCAACGUGUUCUCUUACAACGCAAUAAUCAGAACCUACACCCAUAAUCACAAGCAUCCUCUGGCAAUUACUGUGUUCAAUCAAAUGCUGACAACGAAAUCAGCAUCGCCAGACAAAUUCACGUUCCCGUUUGUGAUAAAGUCCUGUGCGGGUCUUCUUUGUCGUCGUCUAGGGCAGCAAGUUCACGCGCACGUGUGCAAAUUCGGACCCAAGACGCAUGCAAUAACGGAGAACGCGCUGAUUGACAUGUACACGAAAUGUGGCGAUAUGAGUGGUGCGUACCAAGUGUAUGAGGAAAUGACUGAGCGAGACGCGGUUUCUUGGAAUAGUUUAAUCUCGGGGCACGUGAGGUUGGGGCAGAUGAAGAGUGCGAGGGAAGUGUUUGAUGAAAUGCCUUGUAGGACUAUUGUGUCUUGGACGACUAUGAUUAAUGGGUAUGCUAGAGGAGGGUGUUAUGCUGAUGCCUUGGGGAUUUUUCGCGAGAUGCAAGUGGUGGGUAUUGAGCCUGAUGAGAUUAGUGUCAUAUCUGUUCUGCCGGCUUGUGCGCAGCUUGGGGCUCUGGAGGUUGGGAAGUGGAUUCACAAGUACUCUGAGAAAAGUGGGUUUUUGAAGAAUGCUGGUGUGUUUAAUGCACUGGUUGAAAUGUAUGCUAAGUGUGGUUGCAUUGAUGAAGCGUGGGGUUUGUUUAAUCAGAUGAUUGAGAAAGAUGUGAUUUCUUGGAGUACCAUGAUUGGGGGACUAGCUAAUCAUGGAAAAGGGUAUGCGGCAAUUCGAGUUUUUGAAGAUAUGCAGAAAGCAGGAGUGACUCCUAAUGGAGUAACAUUUGUUGGUGUUUUGUCAGCUUGUGCUCAUGCAGGGUUGUGGAAUGAGGGGUUGAGAUAUUUUGAUGUUAUGAGGGUGGAUUAUCAUCUAGAGCCACAGAUUGAGCAUUAUGGUUGCCUAGUUGAUCUUCUAGGACGCUCGGGACAGGUUGAGCAGGCUCUGGACACAAUAUUGAAGAUGCCGAUGCAACCGGAUUCAAGGACAUGGAACUCUUUGUUGAGCUCUUGCAGGAUUCAUCACAAUCUUGAGAUUGCUGUUGUUGCUAUGGAACAACUUUUAAAGCUUGAGCCUGAAGAAUCUGGAAACUAUGUUUUGCUUGCUAACAUAUAUGCGAAACUUGACAAGUGGGAAGGUGUAUCAAAUGUUAGGAAACUAAUAAGAAGCAAGAGGAUAAAGAAAACCCCUGGGUGUAGCUUGAUCGAGGUUAACAACUUGGUUCAAGAAUUUGUAUCGGGUGACGAUUCAAAGCCCUUUUCACAAGAAGUGUUUUGGAUCCUAAAAGGGCUGACAUUACACCAAAUUAGAACCAAAGACUUCAUAGAAUUUGUCGAAGAUGCAGGCCAAUUUUAUAGUAAAUUUAUUUAGUUUAAGAUUUAUCUCUUUG